GAAAAUGGUGAUUCUUUGCUUUGUCUUGGAUCUUCGAUGCCUAUCGCCUCCACUACUUCGCGAUUUGAAGCAGUCAUUGUUGCAGAUAGCGAAUUUCCACGCAAUAUCUUCUUCAGCUAGUAAUGGUAAUCGAUCGAAAUUGAAACCACUGCUUGAUCGGAUCGGACUGUGCUACGUAUUCAAAAAUCGGAUUACGUGCGCCGAUGAGCUGAAGGUGGCAUAUAGUCCGAGAGGCAACUUCAAUCUACGUGAUUUCCACCAUGCGGUUAGCAGUCUUCCUACUGAUGCCUUUACUCCAGAAUUCAACAAUUCCAUGGCUCUCUGUGGUGAUAUGAAACUUUCAGGUGUUCUAAAUGACAAAGUUCUAUAUUCAUGGGGAAGUCAGGAUAAAGAUAUCACAAGAAAAGUCGUGUUGAUAAGCUCUUGUAUAGUUGAGAAUCUGGACUCAGUAACUAGAAGGGCUCUAAUGGAUGCAGCAGACAAGUGUGUUUCUGUUGAGUUUGUUUUCCUAGAGCAAAACUCAAGUCACCUUGCAGAUAUUCCUGGAAAUAUUAAUAGCUUCCUGAAGAAAAUAGGCGAUCUUGAGAAUUGCUUGUUUCAACACUGCAUUCCAGAUGGACGUGCAUUUUUUCGUCUGGUGAAGCAGUGGUCCCAGGAGUUGAAGGAUGACAUGGAAGAACCAUUACAGGCUCGUUUCAUCUUCAAGAUCAAUCUUGUAGGGUCUUCAAACCAGAUAUUGUGUAACAUUUCCACAUCUUUCAAUCAAAUAAUUGACGAGUUCCUUCCUUGUCAGACUUGCAGGUGUCAUGGAAUUCCCUUUGAGAACUCAAACAAGAAAGAGACCAACUCAAAUUCUUCUUGUCCAGUAACUGGGAAUGAUCUCGGAACACUAAAUGUGAUUGAAAACUCUGUAAAGAUUGGGGAAAGUAUAAUCCUGUAUCUGCCUUCUUUUCAGUGCUUUCAGGACAUCCAACAAGUUUCUUCACCUAUUGACUUCAAUGUCAUUGAAAGAACUAACUUGCAGUCACUUAAUGAAGGGGUUAUUUUUGGUUCUUCCUUCACUGUUACUCCAGCUUAUCAUGAAUCAGAUAUUGAGAAAUCAGAGCUAAACUUUUUUCAAGUGCUUAGUGGCUUAUUGAAUUCCCUUGACCAGGGCUUAGUUUGCUCAUCAAAUUUUAACAUUGAAACUGCAAGGCAGACUUCCUUCCUAUGCUACUAUAUACUUUUACCUUCAGAAAAAGGAGUGAUGCUUCUUAGACGGCUUGCCGGAUCAGAGGAAAUCCUGCCUGUCCCUGAUGUCCCUUUCAUCCACAUGAAGGUAGCUAAAGAUAUUGAAAGUUCUGUUCAAGCUUCUUUGUUUAAGAUGGAAGUGAGUGACUAUGAUCCAUUUCACCAUGAGAGAGGCUUCCAUAAAAAACUAAACCUUCUUGUAAAAGAGAGCCUCCAAUUUGGGGCAAUACCUCUUAGAAGUAAAGAAGUGGCAACUGUCUUAAAUUCAACCUACCAAGAUUCUACAGCAGCGGUUUCACCAUCAGUGCAGUCAACUGAUGAAGAAAUGAUCGAAGGAAACAUCUCACUUUUGGAUAGCGACGUUGGAGAUAAAACCAGUGAGCUAAUUGCAGAAGAAUGGGAACAACUGAUUGUAUCAGAGGAUCCCAAAAUUUGUUCUCCCUCCUGCAACUCAAAGCCAAAGCUAGACCUACUGGUUCUGUCUGCACCACAGACAUCUAGGCAACUAGACGAGAAAACUUCAAGAAUCCUCGAGAGACUGGAGGUCCCAAAGCAGCUUAAGAGAAAAACAUCUUCUCCUGUAACGUCAAGCAGCAUUCCUGUUGAUACAUGUGCAUUGAAUAAGAAGCCACUUGUUCCAUUUGGACCUGUUCAUUCAGUGGAUCAUGGCAUAACCUCAAGCCAGCCAAUAAAACCAAACUUCCAGAGGAUAAGAAGGAAGAAGUAA